UUGUUUCCUGGUAAAGUGGCAACUUUGAUCAGCUGACUAUUCGCGUUUAGAAAAAAUGGAAAGCAACACAGAAAUACAGAAGCAAAAUAUAUUGAACGCACUUAGCUACAAAUGUAUACUGGACAUAACCGCUAAUGAUUCUAGCAGUGACGAAGAGGAUGACGAUAUCCUAAUAAAAUUUGCCAUUGAUGCAGCGCUUAUUAUAGCUAAUCGGAGAAGUACCCAUUUGGGUAUACCAAAGUCUUCGCAAUGGGUCAAUAAUGUUCUUCCCAGAUUUGAUAGUGGCCGCAUGCGACAAAUGUUGCGCAUAGAAUUCUUUGAGUUCAACUAUAUAUUAUCCUUAAUCAAGCAAGACCCUGUUUUCCAAAACAAAAAUUUUGUUCCACAAUUACCAAUCGAUCUUCAACUAAAGAUAACACUUUUUCGUCUGGGAUCAAGUGGAGAGAGUGCCUCUAUUAGAAAGAUUGCAACAUUGUUCGGAAUAGGCGAUGGCGGAACAGUUACCAAAGUGACAGAGCGGGUUAUUACCGCACAUGACCCAUGUGGUCCGUACUGAAACAUAAUAUGUACUUUGCUAAUACUGUCCGCCUUAGGUGGUCCUAAAAUGUAAUUCAUAGAUUGUAAGAUGAAUCUUUCCACUUGUAACAUAUGUCCAAUCUCAAGUGGAUUGUAGGUAUAGUUCCUAGAAUGUAAGAUUAAUAUUUGUAUCUAGGCUUAAGCAAAAUAUUGUAUUUAAGAAAAGGUAAUAAAGCAAACGAGGCAGUUGACCACAGGCAGUUGACCACGGGCAGUUGCCCGUAGUUCCCCACGAGAA